UUGGUGACCAACUUGGAUUUCCACGACGAGCAGAAGCGCCGGAACCUUAAUGGGACACUUCAUGAGCUCCUCCGAAUGAACAUCGUCCCCAUUGUCAACACAAAUGAUGCUGUCGUGCCCCCAGCUGAGCCCAAUAGUGAUCUCCAGGGGGUAAAUGUUAUUAGUGUUAAAGAUAAUGAUAGUCUGGCUGCGCGUCUGGCUGUGGAAAUGAAAACUGACCUCCUGAUUGUUCUUUCAGAUGUAGAAGGUCUUUUUGACAGUCCUCCAGGGUCAGAUGAUGCAAAGCUCAUUGAUAUAUUUUAUCCUGGAGAUCAGCAGUCUGUGACCUUUGGAACCAAGUCAAGAGUAGGAAUGGGUGGCAUGGAAGCCAAGGUGAAAGCGGCCCUCUGGGCUUUGCAAGGUGGCACUUCUGUGGUUAUUGCCAACGGAACCCACCCAAAGGUAUCUGGGCAUGUCAUCACAGACAUUGUGGAGGGAAAGAAAGUUGGCACCUUCUUUUCCGAAGUAAAGCCUGCAGGUCCUACCGUUGAGCAGCAGGGAGAAAUGGCUCGAUCAGGAGGAAGGAUGUUGGCCACUUUGGAACCUGAGCAGAGAGCAGAGAUUAUCCAUCAUCUGGCUGAUCUGUUGACGGACCAACGUGAUGAGAUCCUGUUAGCCAACAAAAAAGACUUGGAGGAGGCAGAGGGGAGACUCGCAGCCCCUCUGCUGAAACGCCUGAGCCUCUCCACAUCCAAAUUGAACAGCCUGGCCAUCGGUCUGCGACAGAUUGCAGCCUCCUCACAGGAUAGCGUGGGGCGUGUUUUGCGCCGAACCCGAAUUGCCAAAAACUUGGAACUAGAACAAGUGACUGUCCCGAUUGGAGUCCUGCUGGUCAUCUUUGAGUCCCGUCCUGACUGUCUGCCCCAGGUGGCAGCCUUGGCUAUUGCAAGUGGUAACGGCUUGCUACUCAAAGGAGGGAAGGAGGCCACACACAGCAAUCGAAUUCUUCACCUUUUGGCCCAAGAGGCCCUAUCAAUCCACGGAGUCAAAGAGGCCAUACAGCUGGUGAAUACCAGAGAAGAAGUGGAAGAUCUUUGUCGCCUAGACAAAAUGAUAGAUCUGAUCAUUCCACGUGGCUCUUCCCAGCUGGUCAGAGAUAUCCAGAAAGCUGCUAAGGGAAUCCCAGUGAUGGGGCACAGUGAGGGGAUCUGCCACAUGUAUGUGGAUUCAGAGGCCAGCGUCGAUAAAGUCACCAGACUGGUCCGAGACUCUAAAUGUGAAUAUCCAGCUGCCUGUAAUGCUUUGGAGACUCUGUUAAUCCACCGAGAUCUGCUGAGAACUCCAUUAUUUGACCAGAUCAUUGACAUGCUGAGAGUGGAACAGGUGAAAAUUCACGCAGGCCCCAAGUUCGCCUCCUACCUGACCUUCAGCCCCUCUGAAGUGAAGUCCCUCCGAACGGAGUAUGGGGACCUGGAAUUGUGCAUUGAAGUGGUGGACAGCGUCCAGGAGGCCAUCGACCACAUCCACAAGUAUGGCAGCUCGCACACAGAUGUCAUCGUCACGGAAAAUGAGAAAGCAGCAGAGUUCUUUCUCCAGCACGUAGAUAGUGCCUGUGUGUUCUGGAACGCCAGCACCCGCUUCUCUGAUGGCUACCGCUUCGGACUGGGAGCCGAAGUGGGCAUCAGCACAUCGAGGAUCCACGCACGGGGACCGGUAGGACUUGAGGGACUGCUCACUACUAAGUGGCUGCUGCGAGGGCAGGACCACGUGGUCUCAGAUUUCUCAGAGCAUGGCAGUUUAAAAUACCUUCACGAGAACCUCCCUGUGCCUCAGAGAAAUACCAACUGAAAGCAUUCCAAGAAGAGCAGGGAAAGAUUCAAGAGGUCUUCACAGUUAAACUUGUCUUAAGAAUCUCAGGGGAUGAGCCAGGUCUCAUCUCCCACUUCUGGAAGGGUCUGCCUGUUGGAAAGUGCACCGAGAUGCUUCUGGGCUCCAUUUGGCUACACCAGUCUUGGCUAAUGUGCAUAUUCCAAUUCACGCUUCUCUUUCAUUGUUAGAAAAUAAUCGCUAUGAAUGGGGACUUUGCUUAAUUGCUGCAGUUAGGGACUUCGCUUCACACAGUCCAGUUCCCCUCAUGAUAGAAACAGAAAGGUGCAGCUUCCCCACAAAAAAGCCAAUGGGAAAAUCAUGGACGCUUUUACCUUUUUAUCACCUCAGUGAGGUAACGUCUCCCCUGACGUUUGGUUGGCACUAGGGCCCAUCACACCUAAUCUGUCUUUCCACAUUUCAUCUCUUUUUGCUCACACUCAUCUUCAAAAAGGAAAGGUUUGGAAUUUAGAAGAGGGGCAGCUCUUCUUUUUAGCAUUCUCAUCAGAAACAGUCACAAAAAUGGACUGAAUCAUUCCCACUGGGAAGAUUGACCUUUUAUAUUUAUUGUGGAGUAAAGAUAAAGCAGCAUUUCAGAUGCUCGUGCCUCUCCAGACCCAGAAGAUUCGGCAUGACCCGGGAUGCAGUUGGAACCUGGAGCUGCGAGUCCCAGGAUGAAGUAUCUACAGCAAUUAUGCUUGAAAUUUUUAUAUAAAUUAUUUUGUCAUCCUACCCUUUUCUUCCAAAACAAAAAUUAGAGGGUUAUUUUAAUACUUUGGAUUCUUCCCCCUUUUUGAGAAAUAAAGUUCUUAUGAAAAGCC